UAGGAGUUUCUGUACCGAAACACUAAACAGUGUUCCGAUACAGAAACAGGGGGAGAUGCAUGGAAUUACUCUAUUCAAGCAAAUUCUGAGUUAGCCACGGUGGAGGGGAGGAACACAGACUUCCUGGUCGACACCGGCGCCACACAUUCCACACUGAACUCUGCCCCCCUCCCCUCUUUGUCUGGCAUCACGAACAGUAUCUUUACCAGGGUUCUCAGGGACUGAACAGAGUCUGCCAUUCACUACGCCUUUGUCCUUCACAUUGGGUAAUCAGCACAUGAAACACUCCUUCGUGAGUUCUCCCACAACUCCAGUUAAUCUACUAGGAAGAGACUUACUGAUAAAAAUGGGAGCUACAGUGUUGUGUUCCGCUGAUGGACUAACUGUUGCAUUUCCUGAUGGCACCUCCCUACGCUGUGGAAAUUUUCACACAGAUGGACAGUUUCUCAUGCGGCCUGUGGUAUCUGAGUAUGCUGAUAUCUACUGGGGCCUUUUAACGAACUUACCCUCCAGCAGCCUAUUGUCAACGUUCAUGACCUGGAAGCCCUGGGUCCUGGCUCUGCGUCCCUAUGUCUCGCCGCCUGACCCGCCUCAUCUCACCCUCUUCUACGACAGGGAAAACACAGAAUGGUACCAGGAAGCCUUCCUUUCCUCUGUGGAGGAAAAAACUUGGGAGGUAAAAACUUCAGAUAUUUUUGUGGCUCCUGGUGGUGUGGCUGCUGCUGUCUGUCUCACAGAAGAACAAUUAAAAUGGUAUGAAAUGUCUGAAGAGGCUGUGCCUCACAUCUCUCUCUCUCUGCACCCUGAGCAUCAAGCUAAAGAGCUGGGCGGCAUGGUUAAGCAGUCUCUCGCAGCAACAGACUGGGUUGUCACCGCAGCACCAGGUUUGUCAUUCUCACCCUCUCUUGACACAUAUAAAAUCAGUUUUUCAAGCUCUGAACAGGUGGAGCUACAUCAUGAACAGGUGUCCAGACAUCACGGUAGGGAAAAAUCAGACCACCCUUUAGCGGCUCAAUUAAUCACAUCCAUGCCCACAUCUCUCUGGGCAGAGUCGCCUACAGAUGUGGGGCUUGUUUCCUGCUCUCCUAUUUCAUUUCAGGUGGACUCUGAGAGACCCCUCUGGAUUCCUCAGUAUCCACACAAACCCGCAGCUGAACAGGGCAUCGCAGAGACAAUAACAGGACUGAUUGAGGCUGGCGUGCUGGAACCCUCACAAUCUGACUGGAACACUCCCAUUCUACCGGUGGAGAAAAAAGGUACCGGUAAAUACAGAAUGGCCCAUGACCUGAGAGCAGUAAAUGCAGUUCUGAAAACACCAACUGUACCGGUACCGAACCCAUAUGUCUCCAUUGCUGCCUUAACUCCCGGUCAGCAGUGGUACACAUGUAUUGAUUUGGCAAAUGCAUUUUUCUGUCUCCCUCUGGCUGAAACAUGCAGGGAUUAUUUUUCAUUCACUUACAGGGGACAGCAGUGGCGUUACACCAGGCUGCCACAAGGCUUUGCCCUGUCCCCUGGCCUGUUCAACCAAGUUUUGAAGGAUGUCUUGCAGGACUGUCCUCUCCCUCCACAAACGACCCUCAUCCAGUAUGUGGACGACCUUUUGCUGGCUGCCCCCACCGCGGAGACCUGCGUUAAAGCGACCUCCCUGGUUUUGCAGCACCUACAUCAGGCGGGUUUCAAGGUCAGUAAAAACAAAUUGCAGAUUGCAAGAAAACAGGUUUCUUUUCUGGGCAGAAUAAUUUCUGCAGGCACAACUAGCAUGUCUCCUUCCCACAAGCAGUCCAUUCUGCAACAUCCUAAACCCUUCAGAGUUAAAGACAUGCUCUCUUUUCUGGGGUUAACUGGCUACAGCAGGAGCUACAUUCCCUCUUACACUGACCUGACUCAGUCUCUUCGGGCCUUGGUUAAAGAACAAGGCAUGCGAAAUCUGAACAAUCCCCUCAUUUGGACAACUGAGGCGGAACAAGCUUUUAUCUCGUUAAAGCAAAACAUGGCAUUGGCAGCGGAACUCUCCCUCCCAGAUUACACCCUGCCGUUUUUUCUUGAUGUUUCUGUAACAAAAAUGGCUGUUAACGGAGUUUUGUUCCAGAAAAAAGGGGGAGAGAGAAAAGUACUGAUGUACUUAUCUGUAAUGAUGGACAAUAUGGAAAAAAGGCAUCCCCCAUGUACGCAACAUGCAGCUGGGAUAGCCAAACUCAUACAAAAAACCGCACAUAUUGUCAUGGGACAUGCACUGCAAGUGUUAACUACACACAGCGUGGUGGCAUAUGUAAACUCACAGAGUUUCACCAUGACGGCGUUGAGACAACAAAGGCUUUCCAAAGUUCUGGAAGCUCCAAACAUUUCAUUCACUCAUGAAGGCAUAAAUAUGGCAGACUGUUUUGCAGACGGAGAACCACACGAGUGUGCAGAGCUGGUGGCAAAGUCAGAAAAGGUAAGACCAGACCUGGAAGCAACUCCCUUGAUUGGACCAGAGGUGAGACAGUUCUUCACAGAUGGUUGUUGUUACAGACACCACACACAAGAACUAAGAGCUGGUUUUGCAGUAGUAGAAAGCACAAAAGCAGGCUUUCACACAAGAAAGGCAGAAAGACUGGAAGGAGCAGCAUCUGCACAGAGGGCAGAAAUAAAAGCAGUUGCGGAAGCGUUAAAGCUUGCACAAGGGUUACAGGCAAACAUAUACACAGAUUCAGCCUAUGUGGCGGGAACAGUCCAUGUGGAACUUUGCCAAUGGAUGAGAGGAGGAUUUUUGACUGCAAGUGGGCAACCCAUAAAACAUGAGCGUGAGAUAAAAGAAUUGGCAGAAGCAUUACUGUUACCAGCAAGAGUAGCAGUCAUAAAAUGCAAAGGUCAUGACCUAUCAGACACAUUGGUUGCUAAAGGCAACCAGGCAGCCGACAGAGCAGCAAAAAUGGCUGCAGGGUACAAAGACUUCAUGAUGGUGUGUUCCUCGGAGGAGGAAUUAAAAGACAAGCUGACUCUGGAAGAGGUGAAAAGAUGUCAAAAGGGGGCGUCUCCAGAGGAGAAAAACAUGUGGAAACACAGAGGGGCCACUGAAACAAAUGGAUGCUGGAGGGGCCCAGACGGCAGGUUAAUUCUGCCCCCUGGGAGGAAACAGGAGCUGUUUCAGGAAGCUCAUGGGGUUGGACAUGUGGGAAUUAAACAGAUGUUGCACAACCUCAAAGAAUGGUGGCACCCUUACAUGAUCGACAUGGUGGAACAUUUUGUGCAAAAUUGUGAAAUGUGUGGACAGUUCAAUCCUAAGAAAACUAUGAAUCCCCCACAGGGACGGUUUCCUCCACUUACAUCUCCAGGGAAAGAAAUUGUGUUGGAUUUCACAGACAUGCUGAACACAGUGCAAGGAAAGAGAUAUUUGCUGGUUUGUGUUGAUGCUUUCACAGGUUGGCCAGAGGCCUGGCCAGCAGCAAAAGAGGACAGUAAAACAGUGAUAAAGUGCCUGAUCAACCACUACAUUCCCAGGCAUGGAUUUCCGGAGAGAAUCAGGUCAGACAAUGGAACCCAUUUUAAAAAUAAGGAUCUGCAAACAGUUGAGGCCCAUCUCGGCCUCAAACACAGGUUUGGAACAGUCUAUCAUCCGCAAUCUCAAGGAAAAGUGGAAAGAAUGAACCAAAACCUGAAAACAAAAUUGGCUAAAAUCUGUGCACAGACCAAAUUAAACUGGGUUGAUGCAUUACCUCUGGCUUUGAUGUCCAUCAGGUGCUCGGUCAACUCCGGGACAGGAUUGACACCGUACGAGAUCACCACUGGACAAAGCUUCCCAGGACCCCGACCGCCAACACAGGAUCCAGGUGACCUACAACCUCUAACGAGGAAAGACUAUUUUUCUCAGUUACAGACUUUAAAGAAAGAGUGGUGUAGGAUCCAAGGAGAACGCACAGAGAGAGGGACUCUCACGGAGCCCACUACCCAGUGGGUGUGGCUAAAAGUCAUCAAACGAAAGUGGACGGAACCUAGGUUCACUGGACCUUACCAGGUGCUGGAGAGAACAGCCCACGCAGUAAAACUUAAAACCAAAGGUGACACCUGGUACCAUUGGUCACAGUGUGCAGCCGCCCCAGAACCAGCAACGGUAACACACACCUAACAUGCCUCCACCCACUCGCAUAUCCAUGCGCCGGGUGCUUCAGACACACCCUUGGUACACUGCAGCAGUGUUGGGCACCAUAAGUCUGGUGAUAACAUGGAUGGUUUUUGGCUUAGAGUACAUACGGGUACAUGGGAUAAAUAACACACAGACGACCCUGACAUCACACCGUAUAGUACCUAGAGACAUCCCUUCACAACAUGCGACUGACGGCAGCAAACGCAGCUCAAAAAACCAACAACCUGUACUGACACUGAACUACUACAAGGGCUCUGACACCGCAUUUAAAUUUGACCUGUGUGACAUUAUUGACUGCGGGGGUAAUCCAUUGGGAUGGAAAAGCUGGGAGGUGUAUCUGUGUAUGAGCUCUAACAUUAACAGGUGCUACGAAGCUUGCGAGAAUGGGUGGUGUCCUCGCUGUCAACUUUGUCCUAGCUGGGACAGGGUCACUCAUUACACAGGGGAGUGGUGGACCCCAACACACUCCCAUUUGCCCAGUGCUCAGGUAAAUAAGAUUUCCUUUUCCAGACUUCAUUCACACACAGAUAACCCACUCAUUUUGGCCUUGCAUGACGUACACAAGUCAGUAUACGACGGCAAUCCUUACCGGAUGUACAUUGUACUGGGGGUUGAAGCAAGCGGAGGGGACCCCCUAAAAGUCAUCUUAAUUAAUCUCCUGACGCCACCAAAAAACAAUUCGGACUCCUCCCCUGAAAUUAAUGAUUCAGGAUUUCUAGAUAAGCAAAAUGGCAAUGUGAUUACUUUUGACUACUCUAAAUUGACCCCUGCUGACGUGCUAAUGCUAGCUACCGGUUAUACAGGAACCAAUUUAUGGUUAGACUGGUUAACAGCAACAGUUCGAGAACACCAUAUGUCUAACUGUGUGGCCUGUGCAGCAGGGCGACCUAAAAUGUAUACUGAACCUGCACCUUUGAUUCAAUCUGAUGUUUGGGGCUUUAACUGUAUGCUUAGCAUGACUAAAAUGAAACAACCCUCCGGAUGUGAAAACUUAACAGCAUUAUUCCCGCCAGUUAACAACAGAACCCGAGUGGUGCCAGCUAUCCCAGUCAAAGAUAAUUAUGUCUGCUUCAAUUUAACAAAAGGUAAUGUCCGUGUAGGCCAGAUUGAUGCGAGCUGGUGUAAAACCACUCUCCCAGGACAUUUAAUAGGUACAUGGGCCAGAGACGGGUUAUUCUACCUUUGCGGAGGAAGCAAACUAUUUGCGAGACUUGAGCCAACCAUGAGAGGGGUCUGUGCCAUGGUCCGACUUAAAGCACAUGUGAUCAUGAUGGGAGAAAAACAACCGGUGGAGGACAGUAUGUUCUCACGUAAAAAGCGCAGCGCCUUUGACUUGCAGGCAAACUCACCCACAUAUAUUGACAGCAUCGGUGUUCCGCGAGGAGUACCAGACCGAUACAAACUAGCGGACCAGGUUGCAGCAGGCUUUGAAAGUCUUCUUCUAUUUAUAACACCCAACAAAAACGUAGACAGGAUCAAUUAUAUUCAUUACAACACGCUCGUGCUCACAAAUUUGACUAGAGAUGCAGUUGAAGGGUUGGCUGGACAAUUAGCCCCCACCUCAUUGAUGACUGUCCAGAACCGGAUAGCAAUAGACAUGAUACUAGCUGAAAAGGGGGGGGUCUGUGCGAUUUUUGGAGAUUUGUGCUGUGUUUUCGUUCCAAAUCAUACCUCUCCUGAUGGCAAGGUGACCAAGGCGUUGGAAGGACUGAAAGCCCUGAGUAAAACCAUGCACGAGCAGUCUGGAGUGACCAACCCCUUGGAUCAAUGGUUCACAAACAUGUUCGGGAAGUACAAGGACAUUAUUAUCUCUCUACUGAUCUCUGCGGCGACUUUCCUUGCCCUCCUGAUCACCUGUGGUUGCUGCUGUGUCCCCUGUCUGAGGUCAUUGGCGGUGCGGUGCAUCACCUCAACCAUAGAGAAAGGCAGCAGUAGUGAUGGAAAUCCACCUGCCUAUCAGAUGUUGUCCCGGAGACGUGAAAGAACCGUGAAAUUCCAGAUUGCCAGAGUUUAAGGGCAGUACUAGUAUCCAGUAACAAAAGAAAAUUUUCCAUCACUUUAAUGUUCUUUAUAUAAUCCAUUGAUUUCGCUUUUGUUGUGUUUUUUCUUGCAGAAUGAAGUCCAAUCCUUUCUGGGUGUGCCGGGGUGUGAGACUGUGGGCGCCUUCCACGAUUGGUGGACCGAGUUACAGCCGAAAUGCCACACUGAAGCCUUCCAGGCACUGUCGGGGUUUCCCAUCGGCCGCGCCGGCUUUACAUCUGGACACACGCAGAAACUGAUUUGACGUUAAAAGGUCUCGCUAUAGAGAGGCUGCAGUGAUUUGAUUUCAUUACAAUGAUUAAAGUUUGAUCAGAAAACAUUUUUACUUACUUUUAAUCCUAGUUUAAUCAUGCCAGUGUAUUUUGAGUGUACUGCCUUUAAUCCUGAUUUACUUUAUUGAUUUGAUGUUUUACGAAUGUGUUCAUUGUUCUGUGCCUUUCAAUACUCAGACU